CGAAAAAUGGCGGUGGCGGACGGCGAGAGUGAGCUGAGCAAGAACAAGGCGAUGAUGACGCCAUGGGAGCAGCACUCUUCCGUCAUCAGCAUCCCUCGCUUCGACUACAACGCUCCUUCUUCUCUUCUUCACCACUCCCACUCCGGCUUCCUCAUCACCUGCCCCAUCAAGCGCGAGAAAAGCGCCACGAAAGAAGCCAUCUCCCUCUUCGCCAAGUAUAUUCAGUGCGGUAAUAGUAACUUUACUGAAGAAAAUUCGGCUUCUAAGAGAAGGAAGAUUUCGGAGGAGAAUGCGGAUGGUGAGGGAGGAGGAGAGGAUGCUAAUGAUGAUGUGGCAGGUGGUGGUGGUGGUGGUGUUGAAGAAGGUGCUUGCUGUCCUGUGAAGGUGGAGAUGGAUGGAGAGACAGGCCCUCUUCUUAAGCUGGUUAAGCUGACAAAGAGUGGUUUGCUUCUCUUUGUUUUCGCCAAAGAUGUUUCUCCUGAUGUCGUUGGGAUUGUUUCGAAGAUUGUUCAGUCUGUGGAAUCUGGCAGCUCCGGUUCACUCAUUUGGUGUAAUCGUAUUUUCCCUAUCCAAGCUACAUGUAGUUUGAAUGAAAAGGAACUGCGUGAAAGUGUAUCAAAGCUUGUUCUUCAAUUUGUAAAAGAUAAUCCGAAACUUGUGCGGCCCAUAAAGUUUGCAAUUGGGUAUAACAGAAGAGGAAUUGAGACAGAAUUGAACACUUCAAAAGAAACCCCAAAUACACUUGAGUUGUUCGACCGGAACAAAUGCUUUGCUUUAGUGGCUUCUGCAGUCAAAGAUGUUAUAUCAGAUUCAAUAGUGGACCUCAAAUCUCCAGAGCUCUCUGUUCUUAUUGAGCUAGUACCCCUCUCAGGUGUACCUAAAGGGUCUUUGGUGGUUGCUGUAUCCGUUCUUCCCCGAAAUAUUGUUAGUGCAAAGCCAAAAUUAUCCAUCAAGGCACUGGUUUCUGAUAUCAAGACAAAGGGUGAAAAGGCAAGAAAUAAUUAAUACGUUUUACUCCAAUGUAUCGACUAUUGAAGCUGUAUUUGUGGUAGAUAUGUCAUAAAUUGAGUCGUCAGAUGUUUUGUUGUACCUCAAUUGCUUUAAAAUGUUGUGAUUU